UAAUCUUUUUGCAUCCAAAAUUAAUUAAAGCGGAUCUUAUUGAAUAUAAAAGCGAUGAAUUUUUCUUUCACAUCAUAACAGUCUUGUUACUUGAAACAUCAAGUUCUUCUAAAAACAAAUUAUCAUUCAAAUUCAUUGAAAUAUCAAGAUGAAAUACUCCAUUGUUUUUCUUUUGUUCAUUGGACUCUGUGUCGUUGCUACUUUUGCCAACGAAGAAUCGGCUGAAGAUGCUGGUACAGAAUGCGGAGAGAAUGGAGCACCUUGCACCAAAGACGGCGAUUGUUGUCGUGGAAAUCGUUGUAAUGACAAAACCCAGAGAUGCGAGAGACGAUGCCGCAGGGAAGGAGACCGCUGUGAGAGAAAUACCGAAUGUUGCGAAGGAAUGAAGUGCCGUAGAAACAAAUGUGCCCGUCAAGAUUGCGGUAGAGGAGGUGACAAGUGUGAGAACAACUUGAACUGUUGUCAGGGUUUAGUGUGCAGAAACAAACGAUGUUCAGAAAGAAUGGAAGCUUAAGAAAAAAGAAACAGACAUGACUGAAAAACAUUUGGACAACGAAUUAAAUAAAUUCUACUUAUUUGUUUUUUUAUGCAAAUUAAAAUCAUUUUUUGUAAAUACAAUAAAAUUAAUAAAUAAAUUAUCUACAUGAAAAUUAA